AAAGAAAGAGAAGAAAAAGAAACAGCCUGGGAUGUUUUUAAUGUCUCUUUGUUUGGGUUCACAUUUGUCUCUUCAUCUUCAUCUCUCUCUCCCUUUUUCUCUCUCUGGUGUCAAUAGUUGAUCUUUAUUUUCUUAAUUGUUGUUCAUCUUCCACCGUUAAUCAACAUGGUCAUAAUUAGAAUCAGUUGAUUUACUAAUUAAUCGUUGAAUCCAAUUGAAUCUCUUUUUUUUUGUUCUAAAUCUCAACAAAUUGUCACUUCUCUUACUAUUGUUGCCCAUCAACAACAUCAACAACUGUGGAGUAAUUAACUUACCUUUCAUCAUUUUGUUUCUAUUUUUUUAAUUACCUGGUUAAUUAGGUUCGAAAUACAGUCAUGAACCUCAUCUUAUCUAGUUAUCUUUUACAUUGGGUUUUCUAUUAACUAUUGACUUGACAUGGUCAGCUCAUGGUCGAGGGCAUUCACGCCAUUCACGAGAUGACCGGAAAACAAUCAGUGUUGAUGAGGGUGGAGAUGCUGUUGUUGAUUGUAUCCCAAUUAGAGGUUCUUAUAGUUCUGGUGAAAGGAAUGAUGGUUCAUAUGGAGAUCCUAAUGAGUCAAUUAUUAGCACCGAUUGGAAGAAGGAUGGAAAACCUUUGAAUAUAAUGGACAAUCCUCGAAUUGUGAUCCAAUUGAACCACAGUCUGGUCAUUAAGAAAGUCACAGCUUCAGAUGAUGGUCAUUAUCAGUGUUUCAAUGAAUUUGUUAAUCCCAAUGGUGGCGGUGGUCGGAUAAUCCGUCUUAGAGUUAAAGAAAAGCUGAAAUUUAUUGAUCCUCAGAAGGACAAGAAACUGGAAUUAAAUUCCGUGUCCAAGUUACAUUGUAAGACCCGUGGUCAUUUACCUCAAACUGUUACUUGGAUUAAAAAUGGAUUCAAAUUUUUACCUGAUCACAUUAAACAAGAAAGGGGAACCCUUAUGUUCAAUGGUGUCUUGUCAACUGAUGCAGGAAGAUAUACUUGUAUUGCCAGUGAUUCAUUGACAACAAUUAACUCAACUGUUAGUGUGGAAGUGGUCAAGUCACCGAAAUUCACUAAGAAACCCGCUAAAUAUGUGGAAUCAGAAGUUGGCUCAUUUGUUGAGCUUCAUUGUGCCGCUGAAGGUGAUCCAGCACCGAUCAUUCAUUGGGAGAAGAAUAAAGAAUUCAAUGAUUUCAAAGCUGACCAUCGGAUAACCACUUAUCCGAAUGGGUCAUUGUUGAUUAGUAAUUUUCAACAGAAAGACGAAGGAAAAUAUGGCUGCAUCGCUGGAAACUCAGCGGGCUUGGAAAGAGCUGAGGUUAACUUGGCCAUUGGAACUUCGUCAUCUUCAGUUAGAUCAGCGAACGGCUAUUCAGCCACUUCAACCGAACUCGAAGGAGAUGAUAAAAUGACCAAGACCAUUUUAAUAACCGGAGGAGUGGUAACACUUUACAUGGUGUUUGUCCUUAUCCUGAUGAUUUGGUGUCGCUAUCGAACCGCUAAAAGGAAAGCAGCCUCAAUGUUAAACCAUAACGGAAACAAACCAGAAAACGGCGAUUUAGAAAUGAAAGAGCGAAAAUCGCUGACCAGUCAAUGACCAUUGAAUCAAAUGGUCAAUUUUUUUUUGUAAUCAUCUUCCAUCAAAAAGCCAAUCAAACAAUCAGUGACUUGAAUCAAAUUUUCAUCACUUUUUUAUUAUCCCAAAGAUUAACUCUCAUCAUCAAGGCUUUUAACCCCUUGUCUCUCUUAGGCCUUGGCCAAUAUAAUCUCAUCAAGAUCUCGGCCCAGUUUUUCAACGACUUUCUCACGAUAUCUUGAAACAAUUAACUCUGAUUAAUGUAUUAUUAUCAACUGUAAAAUUAAUCCCUUUCAUCACCAGUCAUAACUUGAUAAUCAAAGGAGAGACACAAUUUAAGCCAAAAAAUUAAUUUGUUACCAAAUUAGUCUAAGUGUUAACAUGAAGAAAACCAAAUUAUCCCUUUUUUGUUACUAAAUCAAUACUUUUAUAUUAUCCUGAUUAUCUUAAUCAUCAUCAUCAUCAUCAUCAUC